UUGGCUAACCCUACUUCAAUUCUCUCUCAACAUCCCAGCCUAAAACGGCUGCCCUUGUACCCCUGCAAUUACUCGCUCUUCCCCUCCUUUGCCCUUCCCCUUUCACAGUUUUCCCCCUUAACCCAAACCCCGCCAACUCUUAAACCCUUCUCUCUCUUUCAAAUUUCUCAAUACCCUGUCUGCCCUGCCUUCUUCUCCAAUUUUAAUUCACAUGUUCUCUUGAAGACUUAUCUUCCGGGACAGGUCCUGUUUGAGACCAAAACACUCUCAGAUUAGAGCUUCCUUUGGGUGUUAGUUGAGAUUUUGCUUGGAUUUGUGAAGGGUUUGUGGGCUAUCAGUUGUUUUAAGUUAUGGCGAAGCAUGAGUUGGUGAUUAGGCCAAAUCAAGAUUUCUCCUUGCGGCAAAAUCAAUGUGUGGGAAUAGGGCAUAAUGCCAGCUUUGUUCUGGGUAGUAGUCAUGACUUGUUACGUGCAGAACAGAUCCGUGAUUAUGAUUUGCUUAUCGGGCCUUCUCCUGAUCAUGAGUUAGGUUCAGGACAUCAUAUUCAUGAAUUGGCAACUGGUCAGGUACAAGCAAAUGAUCUAGCUCUGCAACAUGAUGAUCUUCAUAAGUUUGAAGAGAAUGGAUUGAAUAUGGAUCAAAUAAACUACCCUGAUGCUAAGGAAGACCAUACCAAUGUUGAGGAACAUGAUCAUCAACUCCCUGUUGUUGCUCAGAAUCAUGAGUUUGGUUUGCGGGAUAAUAAUCAAUUGACUCUUGUGGAGAACCAGGAUCUUCAGUACAACUUAAGUUCAGAUAUGCAGCAAAAUCAGGAGAUGAGUGUUCUAUCCGCAUCAGACAUGUGUUCUCAACAGCAACAGCUGGUAGUUGGUGCUCCUGUGCUUCAAUCCCGUCCCUUGUUUCCAGUGCCUAACUAUGAAUUAACUGUUGGAAAAGAGUUUUCUGAUGUCCAGAGCUGUAGGAGGGCUCUCAGAGAUGCAGCCAUUGCUCUUCGCUUUGAGAUGCAAACAAUAAAGUCUGACAAGACUCGUUUUACUGCCAAAUGUGCAAGUGAGGGAUGCCCUUGGAGAAUUUAUGCUGCAAAACUUCCCGGUGUUCCUACUUUUACCAUUAGGACCAUCCAUGAUGAACAUACUUGUGGAGGGAUUACCCACCUUGGUCAUCAACAAGCCUCAGUUCAGUGGGUUGCAGAUGCUGUAGCAGAACGUCUGAAGCAAAAUCCUCAUUAUAAACCCAAAGAGAUAUUGGAAGAGAUUCACCGUGUUCAUGGGAUCACUUUGUCAUACAAGCAAGCAUGGAGGGGUAAGGAACGCAUCAUGGCUGCUGUGCGUGGCUCUUUUGAGGAAGAUUAUCGUCUCCUUCCACAGUAUUGUGAUAUGAUCAGAGAAACAAAUCCAGGAAGUAUUGCCCUGGUAUAUGGGGAUCCUACCGAAAACCAUUUUCAACGCCUUUUCAUUUCAUUUCAAGCAUCCAUCUAUGGUUUUCUGAAUGCAUGCCGACCUCUUAUUGGACUUGAUAAUACUAGAUUGAAAAGCAAGUACUUGGGGACCUUGCUUUUUGCCUGCGGUUUUGACGGAGAUGGUGCUGUGUUCCCUCUUGCAUUUGGUGUGGUCGAUGAGGAAAAUGAUGCCAACUGGAUGUGGUUCCUCUCUGAGUUGCAUUACCUGCUCGAGAUUAAUGCAGAGAACAUGCCAAGACUUACCAUCUUAUCAGAUCGACAGAAGGGUAUUGUAGAUGCUGUAGAAGCGAACUUCCCAACAGCUUUUCAUGGGUUCUGCAUGCAUCAUCUCAUUGACAGUUUCCAAAAGGAGUUCAACAGUUCUGUUCUUAUCAACCUUUUCUGGGAAGCUGCUUUUGCGCUCACUGGCCUUGAUUUUGAAAAAAAAAUCAUUGAGAUUCAAGAAAUCUCUCCUGAAGCUGCUACUUGGAUUCGAAAUACUCCUCCGCGCUUUUGGGCCACAGCACAUUUUGAAGGGACAAGGCUGGGACACCUGACGGCUAACAUAGUGGAAUGUUUGAAUUCUUGGAUAGCAGAAGCCUCUGGCCUUCCAAUAAUUCAAAUGAUGGAGUGUAUCCGACGGCAACUGAUGACUUGUUUUAAUGAGCGGCGUGAAACAAGCAUGCAGUGGACAGGCAUUCUUGUUCCUCCUGCGGAAAGGCUUGUAUUGGAGGCUGUUGAGCGUGCACGUACUUACCAAGUGUUCAAAGCAAACGAGGCCCAAUUUGAAGUUGAAUCGCAUAAUGAAGGGGCAUUUGGAGUAGAUAUUCGUUCCCGUAGCUGUUAUUGUCGUGGAUGGCAGCUACGUGGGCUCCCCUGUGCUCAUGCUGCGGCUGCUCUCCUCUCUUGUAGACAAAAUGUGCGUAGGUUCACCGAAAGUUAUUUCACAGUGGCAAGUUACCGUAAGGCAUACUCCCAGACAAUACACCCAGUCCCUGAUAAAGCCCUCUGGAAAGAGAUGUCUGAGCAAUUUCUAAAGGAAGGGGAGAAAGACGUUGAGUUCCUCUUAAAGCCACCCAAGUCGCUUCAGCCGCCAGGGAGACCUAGGAAGAGGCGAGCUCGUGCAGAGAAUGCUGGUCGGGCAAAACGGGUGGUGCGUUGCAGUCGCUGCAAUCAAGCCGGGCAUUUCAGGAGUACAUGUACAGCACCUAUGUAGAUAUUUCAGGUCUUUUUCACUGUGCAGACGGAAAAAAUAGUUUUCUUCUUUCAAAUUUUUUUUAGAGCUGCUAUUGUUAGCGCUACACUUUAGGAGACACAGAUAAGAGUUCGUGUUCAUAGGUUUUCUUUGGACAAGUGAAUAGCUUAGUAAGUUUUAUAUGGAUAAUUAUAGGUGUAGCUCCUUGUUUCAGGUUUUCAAUCCUUUUAGU